AUGAUAAGUUUUGUAUAUAGACAAAGUCAAGCUGAUCACACCUCGUUCACAAAGGCGAAAGGUAACGAGGUCACUGCUCUGAUUGUCUACAUUGACGAUAUUGUGAUUACUGGUAACAAUGAUGAGGAGAUCUCCAACCUUAAGGUCUUACUAGCAGCAAAGUUUGAGACUAAGGACCUAGGACCCUUUCGGUAUUUCCUUAGGAUUGAAGUGGCUAGAUCUAAUAGAGGUAUCUUCAUUUUCCAAAGGAAGUAUGUUUUGGAUCUCUUUAGUGAGAUAGGUAUGCUUGGGUGCAAGCUUGAAGAUGCCCCUAUGGAGGUCAAUCAUCAGCUGAGCAAUGCAAUGGGUGACUCUCUGUUGAUAAAGAGCAGUACCAAAGACUUGACAACUCAUCUUAAUGCUGUGUAUUGCAUCCUACGGUACUUGAAAUCCGCUCCUGGAAGGGGUAUUUUGUAUUCUAAUCAGGAGCGCUUGAAGAUUGAGGCCAUUAAUGAUGUUGAAUAG